AUGAGUCUGACUGCAAAUGUACUAAAGCAUUCCGUGAACCAGUACCUGGAGGAAAUCCCGCAACAGGUCCAAACGAGACUCUAUGAGUCUCCAGCGACAUGUCUGGCUAUCUAUAGACUACUACCACAGCUAGCUAAGUUUUUCAUUAUGUCAAUGGUCUUCAAUGACAACGAUGUGUCGCUGAGGGACCUGGACAGGUGGGUCAAGGCCAACGGUAAAAUACAGUUCCAAGAGGCGAUCAAGUCGAUGAAAUCGUUGCAUCUGAUCAUCCCGACAAAGGGGGCCGGCCAGUUGAUGAUAGGUUUGAACCCAACGUUCAGGGACAGUUUCAGAAACGCCCUGACAGGAGGUGAGGUGAGUAAUUCGUUCGGGACGGUGGUGAACGAUGAUGAGGAUCUGAGGACAGGGGUGCUCAAUAUGCGGCUGCUGGAUGAGUACUCUGCGAACAAGUGGGAGACGAUAUUGCAUUUUAUGGUGGGGACACCGAUGUCUGAAGUUCCGUCGAGCAACGUACUGAAUUUGUUGAAACACAGUAAACUAAUGGAGGAAUCAGAGGCGACUGGGGCGUUCAAGAUCACCAAUGAGGGGUUCCAGUUUCUGCUACAGGAGAUCAACUCACAGAUCUGGACACUUCUUUUGCAAUACUUGAAGAUGUCAGAGAGCUUACAAAUGGACGCCGUCGACGUGUUGAACUUUAUCUUCAUGUUGGGCGCGCUUGAAGUGGGCAAAGCUUACAGCACGGAGGGUCUCAGCGAAACACAAAGGAUUAUGAUAAAGGAUAUGAGAGACUACGGUAUCGUGUUCCAAAAGAACUCAACCUCGAACGUCUUUUACCCGACAAGCCUGGCUAUCAUGUUGACCUCUGACUCGAAGACCGUCCUGAGAACAGCAUCCGGUGCCAUGAACACCGUUCUAAGCCAAAACAAAGAAGACACGUCUAGCACAAACAAGAGCGCCACGGAUAAAGCGAAUAACGACACUGCGGAGCUGGACCAAGUCGGGACACAGUCGCAAGAGGUCCAAGACGGUGUACUGAUCGUGGAAACGAACUUCAAAGUAUACUCUUACUCGAAUUCACCACUGCAAAUUGCUAUAUUGAGUCUGUUCGUUCACCUGAAGUCAAGGUUUAUCAACAUGGUCACAGGCCAGAUAACGAAGAGAUCGAUCAUAAAUGCGCUAGACAAUGGUAUCACUGCGGAGCAGAUCAUAGCAUACUUGGAGACACAUGCGCACCCGCAAAUGCGAAGGUUAGCGGAGGCUCAACUUGAGAAGAAAAGAGAGCUGGAUCAGAACUGCAAGGACCCACUGCAAAUCCUGCCGCCCACGGUUGUAGACCAGAUCAAACUAUGGCAGCUCGAGAAGGACAGAGUGAUGGCGUUCGAGGGUUCGUUGUACUCAGACUUCGAAAGUAAUGCCGAAUACAACAUCCUAAAGAAAUAUGCACAAGAUAUUGGCGUGAUGCUCUGGUCCGAGGACAAAAAGAGGAAACUGUUCGUCUCACAAGAGGGGAACUCUCAAGUCUUGGACUACGCUAAAAGGAAACUAAGGAAGAAGCAAUAG